AUGUCGGUCGUCCCCACUGCUCGCAUUGGCAAGCCCGCCCCAGACUUCAAGCUCCCCGCUUGCCUCAACGGCUCCGAAGUGGGCGAGAUCAGCCUUGAGCAAUUCAAGGGCAAGUAUCUUGUCAUUGCCGUCUACCCUCUUGACUGGACCUUCGUGUGCCCCACGGAGAUUCUGGCCUUCAACGAUCGCGUCCAGGAGUUCCGCGAUGCCAACUGUGAGGUCAUUGUUGGAUCGAUCGAUAGCGAGUUCUCUCAUCUGGCCUGGGCCCAGCACCCCCGCAAGGACGGUGGCCUCGCCCCCAUGUCCAUUCCCAUGUUCGCCGACAAGGCUCACACUUUCACAAAGGCUCUCGGCUGCUACGUCGAGGAGGAAGGUUGUGCCCUGCGUGGCUUGUACAUCAUCGAUGACAAGGGCAUCCUUCGCAACAUCACCAUGAACGACUUUCCCGUCGGCCGCAAUGUCGAUGAAGUCUUGCGUCUCGUCAAGGCUUUCCAGUUUACCGACAAGCAUGGCGAAGUCUGCCCGGCCAACUGGACCCCCGGCGCAGAUACGAUUGUGCCCCAUCCCGCCAAGAAGGCCAAGUACUUUAACAAGGUCAACGAGUAA